AUGGAUAGAUCUGAUGAAGGAAAGAAAAUGGGUAUACAUGCUGGUUUGAAGGGUGCCUCUCCUCCUGGCAGCCUGCGUGCUAAAAUCAUUUGGUCCUUCAGAUGUUUUUUGCUUGAAACUUGUUCUUUCCCAUGUGCUGGAGCCUCCCAGCAGCUCUGCGCAAGUGGACCUCCAAGCUCCCUUUGUGGUUUUUUUUUCCAACCAAGUGUUGAGGCUUUUGCAGGUCUUUAUCUUAGUUACAUGGGCCUUCUAGGACAAUGGGUUGGUUUAUCAAAUAAAUGGGCUAACCUCACCAAGUGUUGGCCUAUUUUGUUGAGGUGUUGGGCUAAUUUGGCUAAGCUAAUAAGCUAUUUUGGCUAA